GGUAGUGGCAGAGGUCGGUGAGGUGGGGCGGCCGGUAUAUAUGGUGAAGAUCCGACCUCGGCCUAUCAUCAGGAUACCAUGGCUUCUCUACCUCUCCUAGCGCUGGUGCAGACUCUGGCAAUUGUGGUGGGUGUUCAAAGUGUAGACUACGGCGGCUUCCAUGACUACCUGUCACCUCUGGCAUACCAUGCUCCAUCCCUAGCAUACCAUGCUCCAUCCCUAGCGUACCCUGCUGCACCCCAUGCCUACCCUGCUCCUCUGGCUCACGCGCCACUCUACCAUGCUCCCGUGUACGCUCCAGUCAAGCACGUAGUCCAAGAAUAUAACGCCUACCCCAGGUACGCGUUCAGGUACGGUGUGAAAGACCCGCACACCGGGGACAUCAAGAGCCAGAGCGAGGAGCGGGACGGGGACGUGGUGAAGGGGCAGUACUCACUGGUGGAGGCGGACGGCACCACACGCACAGUCAAGUACCAGGCCGACGGUCACAAUGGCUUCAACGCCGUCGUCACCAAAAGCGGCAAAUCGGUGCACCCUGUGGUAGUACCAAAAUAUCAUGCGCCAGCCCCUGUGUACCAUGCACCAGCACAGUUGUACCAUGCUCCCGCCUCCCUGUACCAUGCGCCUCUCUACCACGCGCCUGCCUAUGUAGCACCACAAUACCCUCUUUACCAACACCACCACUGAGGGUUGGAUACAACAGAUGGUUAAAAAGCUGGUCCUUACCCGUCCGUCUCUUGAUGAACAGAUACAACUUUAAAAACUUUCCUUUCUCUUUCUCCAUUCGGAUGAUUUUUACUGUUUGUUGUGUGCAGUUAAUAUGGUCUGAGCAUAAUUCGAACGUAGCAUCUGUUUUAUUAAAGUUUAUAGAUGAGGACACUGUGUCCUCAGAGUUAAAUUGAAUUACGACAAUAAGCACACGCGUUCAAAGCCUCGCCGUAAAAUUUGUCUGAAUUCGCCAUUCACUCACAAGGUGCUGAAUCAGUCAAAUCGAAUCAGAAUCAGAAUUUACAAAGACUGGGUUCCAGCUUUUUAGACAUCGUUUGGGUGUAUCCAAAGUGUCCCGUGUAUAUACUGUAUGUAUUUUAAUGAGUUGUUAAUACGUUCCGAAUGCCAUAUAUUUUUUAGUUAUUUUGUACUCAUUGUAUUGUGUAAAUUUUGUAUUUUGUUGUGAAGAUACAAUACAAUUUUGUGUU